CGCAACAUCGAAGCGCAUGAGAAGGGGAAAUCAUUCUUCAUUCUCAUUGAUACUCCGAUGGAAGCAGUUUGUUCGAAACUGAGCUGAGCUGCUGAGCUGAGAAAUGGUUAAAGUACAAAAAGUGUUCCUGCUUGUCGUGAUAACGAUGCUACAGCGGUCGGUUCAAGAGACCAGUGACACCACGUUCGGGAUCUUUCGUCACAAAGAGUACUACUUCAGCAACUCUUUUAAGCUGAAUUGGUUCAAGGCGGUAGAGUACUGUCGGUUGCGAGGCAUGUUCCUCCUUUCGGUAAGGAACGGCGAAGAGCGGGAAGCAGUCGUACAGUACCUGGACGGCACGGGCUAUACUAAGAUGCGCGAUAGUUUUAUGUUCUGGACAUCUGCAAACGAUCUGGGUGAGGAAGGAGAAUUCCACUGGGCAUCUACCGGAGAGCGUGUUAACUAUGCAAACUGGAGGGAAGGAGAACCGACCGGCAUCGGUGGAAAUAAUGCCACCAAGGAGGACUGUUGCUGCAUGGAGUACAGGUCGGGAGGUGGUGCAAACUUUAACUACACGUUCAACGAUCGAUCUUGUAGGCAAGAAUUAUUGUUCCUGUGUGAAACACUGCCAGUAUGAUGCUGCCAAGUAUUCCAGUUAUCAGCCACUU